CGUGUAUAUUCAUCAUUAUUUUAUUAAUAUAUUAACUAUUCUCGCACCUACAUUUGGCGCUAAUAGGAUAAAAAGAACCCAAUAAUAGCCCUUAAAUUCGUGCCUUAUUCGAUAAUAACCGAAAACCGGAAACCGGCACUCAUGACUGAAGGGAAUUAACAAGAUCAGCUGCACAACUCAAAAGUUUUUGCUCUGCAGCACAGCAGGUGCAACACAAAUUAUGCUGUUCAUGAGGCCCAUAAUCUUUGCUCUCGUGAGCCUGACGGCCCUUCUGGGCGUCGGAGGUGACUCUGAGUCGUCUUGUGGCUGCGGAUCGGCGACCAGUCGCGGUGGACAGUGUCCCCUAGAAAGCACUGACACCACAGAAAGCCCCGCAGAUGAGCCAUCGCAGCUUGCAGAGCGUGCGUUGCUGCUCAAUCCAACUGUGAUGGUGCCUGCUGGUCUUUUCCAAAUGGGCACCGACAAGCCAGUAUUUGUGGCUGAUGGUGAGGGACCAGCAAGGAACGUGUCUCUCGUCUCUUUCCGCUUGCACUCCAGGGAAGUCAGCAAUAGGGAAUUUGAGCUCUUUGUCCAGGACACAGGCUACAAGACUGAGGCAGAAAAGUUUGGAACUUCAUUUGUGUUUGAAAAAUUCGUAAGUCAGACUGUAAAGGAAAACGAGCGGCCGUUGGCUGUGGCUGCGGCUCCCUGGUGGCUCUCCAUCAAGGGUGCAGACUGGCGGCAUCCCUUUGAUGCUGACUCGUCGAUCAUAGAUCUUAUGGACCACCCUGUGGUGCAUGUGAGCUGGAAUGAUGCGAAAGCUUUCUGUCAAUGGUUGGACAUGCGGCUGCCAACCGAAGCCGAAUGGGAAAUGGCCUGCAAAGCCGGUCUUCACAACAGACUUUUCUCUUGGGGCAAUAACCCAAUGCCCAAGGGUCAGCACAGGAUGAACAUUUGGCAAGGUGAAUUUCCGCAAACAAACACCGGUGAAGAUGGCUUUGAAGGAACUUGUCCUGUUGACGAAUUCCCUGAAAACAAAUUCGGCCUGAAGAAUAUGCUCGGCAAUGUGUGGGAAUGGACUGAAGAUUGGUGGACAGUGCCUCAUAGGGAUCUUCCCAAGAUGGACAAGGUAAAAAAAGGUGGUUCCUUUUUGUGCCACAAGAGCUACUGCUACCGAUACAGAUGUGAUGCAAGGAGUCAGAACACGCCAGACAGUUCGGCCAGCAAUUUGGGCUUCAGGUGUGCUCGUGAUGAAAAUGGCAAUAGUGCCCAAGACAACGAAACCAAGGAUGAGCUCUGAAUGUGCAUGAUAAAGUUCUUUUGUAUUCAUUUAAUAAAAUUUAGAAUAAAUUAUACAUUCCAAGUCAUAGCAUAAUAAAGGGCUUUAUUUUCAACAGACA